GCAGCUAGGCCUAGAUGUGGUCAAAGAGUAUCUUUGAUGUGCUGCACCUUCGCUACAUUUUGAGAUGGCGACAACAAGAGGGAGGUCCAAAAGUAAAGCUAAAUUUCAUAGGCGCUGUGGAUCUCUAAUUAUUCUUGAAAAUGAAAAUAGAACAGCUCGGAGAAAUCUCCCCUCUGCUGAGUUUGACAAUGGGCUUGUUUUAAGUAGUGAACCUCUAGAAGACGAUGAAAUAUUCGAAAUUAUAAUCGACAAGAAGGUGCAUUCAUGGAGUGGGUCCAUCGAAAUCGGCAUAACAUCAUGUGACAUUUCAAACAUGGUUUUACCAAGUAGUGCUGCUGAGUUACAUGAGGGUUGCUGGAUUCUUCAUGGUUGUAGCAUGCUACGUAAUGGAGCAUCGAUACGUGAUGACUAUGGCUGCGAUCUGGAGCUCUGCGAUGAAGGGGAUGUAAUUGGUGUACAGCGGCGUGGCAAUGGGGAGUUGCAUAUAUAUUUGAAUCAAGAAGACCAGGGUGUCGCAGCAACCGGAAUUCCACCUUAUAUCCAUGCUGUUGUUGAUUUGUACGGCAAGUGUGCACAAAUUAGCACUGUAGAUAGAAAUGUUACACCAACCAGUGAAAUUAAUCCAGUGACAAUUCCAUUACCUAUCCUAGACAAUAGUGUGGACAAUAGCUCCAUCUUAGCAAACACAUUGUCACAAAGUUCCACUACUGACAACAGCUCCCUCAUUGGGUUAAACAGCACCGUUAGUUUGAAUAACAAUAGUGCUGUUGGCCUUGACCACGACCUAUGCUUCCAUUUAAAACAUGGCACAUUAAUACAGUUGAGUAAUGGAAAACGAACAGCUGAAAGGAUGCAUGCUAUGGAUGAAUUCAAUAAUGGAAUUGUUAUGACCAAUCGACCACUCCGCAAUGAGGAAUAUUUUGAAAUUCGUCUUGACAAGUUAAUAGAUAAAUGGUCAGGGUCUAUUGAAAUUGGAAUAACAACCCACAAUCCUGACAACAUUGAUUUUCCUGCUACAAUGACUAACCUAAGAUCUGGUACAACAAUGAUGAGUGGUUGUGGAAUUCUGACGAAUGGUAAAGGAACUCGCAGAGAGUAUGGACAGUUCAACUUAGAUGAAUUACAAGAAGGAGACAUCAUAGGGGUUAUGAAGAAGUCAAACGGAGACCUCCAUUUUUACAUCAACAACAUCGACCAAGGACUUGCGGCCUCAUGUAUGCCAGAGGAUGUGUAUGGUGUCGUUGAUCUUUACGGCAUGGCCGUCAGAGUGUCUAUAAUAUCGCGAGAUGCAAAUGUGCUUGGCGAACGCAUGGACUACCUUGAUCGGAGACUAGCUCAUUUGAAUUUACUACGGGCUCUGGCUAUUAGGCAAUUUCCAAAUAUGUAUAAUGAAAUAACAGAUGAAUUGUGUAAUGUACCAUUACCAGACUACACCAAUGAGCCUGCUGAGAACCAUUCAGUGGAAAUCAUGGCAGAGUUGGGGACGUUGUCCUCAGUGCCAGCGCCACCUAAUGAACCUCUGAGAUUCUACCCCCGAUGUGGUGCUCAUGCUAAGGUAGCAAAUGGAGGAAAGACAGCACUUAGACCAGAUGCUCUUGGAGAUUUCAACAAUGGUGUUGUCCUUAGCAACCGCCAUAUAAAGAGCAAUGAACUGUUUGAAAUUCGAAUUGAUAAGGUUGUUGACAAGUGGGCUGGAUCAAUUGAAAUAGGAGUCACAACCCACUCUCCCUUCGAACUAGAUUUUCCUACAACGAUGACAAAUGUACGGAGCGGCACCUGGAUGAUGACUGGUACAGGUGUCAUGCACAAUGGAACCACAAUCAUGGACAACUAUGGAUACAAUUUAGAUAGACUAAAGGAAGGCGAUCGGAUUGGUGUGAUGCGAAAAGAAAAUGGUAACCUAAAUUUCUAUAUCAAUGGGGAGGACCAGGGUAUGGCAGUUCCAAAUGUUCCUUCGAAGGUCUUUGCAGUGGUUGACUUGUAUGGGCAAGCCGCCCAAGCAACCAUACUUGACCAAUCAGACAAUGAUGCACCAAGCGCUGAAAUAGACAAUGCUGUUUUCAACAAAGUGCACUCACAAAUUGAUAUGAACUCAGACCUUCAAUUCCACCGUCUUCAUGGCCGAAAUGUCACAGUCAUGAACCAGGGCCAGUCAGCAGUACGUCCAAAUGCUCGUGGGGAAUUUAACGAUGCUGUUAUCAUGAGUAACCGUCCAUUAAAGGAUGAUGAGCUCUUUGAGAUCAAAAUUGAAGAUAUGGUUGACAGGUGGUCAGGAUCAAUAGAAGCAGGUGUAACUGUAAUUCGUCCAGAGGAAAUGUCAUUUCCUGGAACCAUGACUGACCUCGAUCAUGACACUUGGAUGCUAAGCGGUUCGUCUGUUUUAACCAAUGGUAAUACCAUAAAAAAUGGUUACUCCAUGGACUUGGAUGUCCUUGAGGUUAAUCAUAAGGUUGGCAUAAUGAGGAAAGCGGAUGGAACUCUCCACUUCUUCCACAAUGGAGUAGAUCAGGGUGUGGCCUGCUCCAGCGUCAGUCCAAAUGUAUAUGCUAUUAUUGACUUGUAUGGCCAGUGUUCUCGGGUUUCUCUGGCCCAUUCUGUCACUGAAAGUGAAACUGCGAACAAUGGAGCUUCAGUGCAGAUUUUCCGUAGGUUUUCAGCUAAAGACGAUAAUAUUGGAAUGAAACAUUAUUUCCAUGAAUGCUGUGGUAAGAAUAUCAUCUUGAAGAAUUUAGGAAGUACAGCUUGUCGUCAGAAAGGUUGUUAUGAUGCAAUAUUGUUCAGUUCUAAGCCACUGAAAGUUGGUGAAACAUUUGAGGUUGAAGUAGAAAAGUUAGACAAAAAGUGGUCUGGUUGUCUUGUUAUUGGCCUGACAUCAUUUGUUCCAGAAACACCACCAUCUCAUGCUCUUCCCAACUAUGCGGUUGAUAUUAAGUCACGGGCCACAUGGUUGUUGCAGGGGUCAGAUGUCAAGAGAAACGGGGUUGUUGUCAAGGAGAACUACACAGGGUCUGUAGUGAGGCUUGAGGUGGGCAGUACUAUUGGAGUGCAGCGGCAAGCUGACAAUAGCAUGCAUAUCAUUAUCAACGGUGAAGAUGCCGGAGCUGCUGCCACCAACAUUCCAAAGGAGGAUGUUUAUGCAAUAAUAGACUUGUGUGGAUCAGUAGAUAGCGUCCGGGCUGUUAGCAAUGAACCUGAUGUUGUUGGAAUAAUUAGAGCACCAUCUAUAUCAUCGUGUAGCGAUGUCAGCUCAGAUAAAGAUGAUGAAUCAGUCACUUCACAGGUGUACUACACAGAGGAAUUUCAUCAGAAUCAUGGUAAAAAUAUAAGUCUUUCAUGUGCCAAUAUGACAGCACGACGAACAGCGAGUUACAACCAAGGAAUUGCAAUUUCAAGACAUAUGCUGGCGCGGCAGCAGAAGUUUGAGGUGAAAUUGGAACGUUUGAGUUCACGUUGGACGUCGUCCAUCCAAAUUGGUGUCAUAGGUCAAUCACCGGAGAAAUUCAUAUUCCCUGUUUCAGCAACAUCCAUCAAGAAGAGUGCCUGGAUAAUUUCAGGGGACUCCCUCUUCCAUAACACAAUCAAGGUGCAUGACCAAAUCGGUCCUGAUUUGAACAAACUGCAAGUGGGUUGCACAGUAGGAGUGUUGGUAGAUGAAAAGAGUUGUCUUCACCUGUUAGUAAAUGGAAUGGACCAUGGAGUUGUGGCGGACGACAUUCCACAUCACUGCCAUGCUGUUGUUGACCUCUACGGACAAUGUGAACAGGUAUCAAUACUUGGAGGGGACCUUGCAAUUGGCGGUGUCUCAGAGGAGAGGGAGAAGGCUGAUUUUGAAAACGGUUUAAAAGAGAACUGUCGACUGCUGUCAGAGUUGAAUUUAACGCCACGCUGCGAGUAUCAGGAAAUGUGUCGGCGAUUUAAAGCAAUGCUUGCCUUACCUCGUGGAUAUUUUGAGGAGAACCCUAAAUACAACAAAUGCUAUUGUGACUCGUGUUACAAGCACCGAGGUGAUGAUGCGUACAAUUCACAUGGUGAACCGCCAAAGGAGUAUUCCCGACCCUUGGGAUGGUGCAAAUUUGCUCUUAGACUGCCUUCCAGAGUCGACAUGCAAAGUCUGUUUGAAAGUUGCCAUGUUGCAUUCCAUACAACCGAUAUUAACACAGUCAGAAAAAUUCUGGAUUCAGGGUCUUUAAUGUGCAAAGGUGACUCUAUGAUUGGUGGAAUAUUAAGUAAGGAGAUGCUGUCAAGUGAAAGGUUAAAGUUUAAAGAUACAACAAUUGAUCAGAUACUCCUGUCACCGAGUAUGAAGUAUUGUAUCAGUCAUGCCAACACAAGACGAAUGGAGUAUCAUGAUGAUGUUAGUGGUAAAUCACAGUAUGCACAAGUUGCAUUUCAAGUUCGUGUUCAUCCGGAUAGCUACGAUGUUGGUCCGGAACGAAUUGGGGCCAACCAGCAAAUUGAUGCCCACUUUGACAACAAAGAGAUUCAAUGGAUGUGCAAAGAGAAGUCUGUAGUGGUUCCCUAUGCAUUGUUAAUCAAGAUUGAUUGAGCAGAAUUGGUCCAGAUUUAUUGAUAGAAAUUGAUGAUUGAUUAGAUAAAUUUAUUAAAAUGUAUAAUUAUUAAUUAUUCAAAAUUCAUCAAGAUUCGUACUGGUCGUAAUUGAUGAUGAUAGAUUAUUGAUCAGUAUUGAUUGAGUGAACUCAAACAAGGUUUAGCCAAAAUUGUCAGGAUUUAUUGAUAAAACCCAUCAGGAUUGACUAUUCAGAUAAAAUUGAAUUUAAUUGAUAAAUCCAUUGAUCAUGAUUGAUUGCUUAAAAUUGAUUAAAACAGUUGAUUACUUGAAUUUGUAUUGCUCAAUCAAUCAUUUCCAUUGGUCAAGAUUAGUUAAUGAAGAAUGAUCAAGAUUAAAUGAUCAAAAUUGAUUAUUAAGAUUGAUCAAAUUUGAUUAAGAUUGACUGAUCAAAAUUGAUUAAGAUUGAUUGAUCAAAACAUUGAUCAAUAUUAAUAAAUCUAAGUUGAUCAAGAAUGGUCGAUUAAAAUUUAUCAAGAUUAUUAAGUUUUGACUUUGCAUUGCUUAAUCAAUUAUUUUCAUUGAUCAAGAUCCGAUUGAGCAAUAUUGAUUGCGAUUGAUCAUUUGAUGGCCAGACUUUCUGUAUCACUUUCCCAGAAGAUGUGCUCAGAAACUGUCAUUGAUUAACAAUCAUAAGCUAUUAAACAAACCUUGCUAGAAUGAAAAAACAAAAAAAAUACACAAAGUUGAAUAAUUGUCUGUUCUACUAAUAACCUUGGAUAUUCAUAUAAUAUCAUUGAUUGUACGUACUACUGUAUACUUUUAAUUGGUUUUGAAUCAAGAAUUAUACAAGCAAUAUCCUAGAUAUUGUUGUUAAUGGCCAUGUCACACCUUGACGAUUUAGCUAGUGUAUGCCAGCAUAUGAAAAAUUUGGCAAAUACGCUGGCGUACAUCGAAUAAGUUAUUGGUAAGUUUUGUAUGAGUUAAAAGCAUGCUGGUAAACGCUGUAGUUCGGUGAGUACGUCAAAAUAGUUUGUGCAUGCAUAAAACUUUUCGACAUAUGGUAGCGUUUAGGGGAACAGGUAUAUAAAAAUGGGAUGAUGUUGAUACAGUGCUGUGCGGUUAUGAUUUGAAUCGAUGAGCGGCAAACUGUUUAUUGGCAAUACACUGCUGCGCGCUAUGCAUAAGGUAGACUAUCGUUGAGCAACAUGCUAAGCAUUCAUUGGUGUAAGUUAUAAAAAAAUUCUAUAUAAGUUACUAAUACAUUUAGGUAUACGUCCAACUCGUUAUGAAUGCGCCCAAAUUUGAAGAAAAAAAAAUCGAUAAUCCAGCGUAUGCUAGCGUUUUAGAGAACUUUGAUACGUCGGCAUAUGCCGACUGAAUCGUCAAGGUGUGACAGGGCCAUAAGACUCUACAAAAUGACGCUGUAAACAUUCAAAAACAUUUGUGUUAGUGGGACAUUUGCUGUUUCCUGGCAUGUUCUGAUUGGUUAGUUUGACCCUUUUGAAUGUCAAUUUAGCAUCAGUUACUUCAUAAAGCAUUCUUUUACACUUGUCUUUCUUUUGUAUUUCUUUUUCUAAGAAUAUAUAUAUGCAAAUUAUUUUUUCUUUUGUGUGUGUGUGUGCUGCUGAUAUAAUAAAAGCAUACCAAAACUGUGCAAUUUUUGAAAAAUUCUAAACAUAUUAUCCCAACCUAUAAGUAUUUAUUGUUGUACAGAUGCAUACAUUUAAUGCAGUUGAAUGUAAUGAACCACACCUGAGUUUUCUUUAUUUCUAGGAUAAUUAAAAACGAUGUUCACUCUAGGAUAUUAUUUGUUUUUUUCCCAUCAUGUGUACAUGGUUUCCUAAAUUCUACAGCUCUGUCCACACUAUCAAAUUUUCUGUGACGAAAAACUAUUGUAUGCCCAUAUAUAGUCAUGAUGUGGCUAUAUAUGGUCAUGAUGUGAUGUCAUCGUGACCAUAUUUAGGCAUGUCACAUAUUUUUGUCAAAUAAAAUUUGAUAGUUUGGACAACGCCUAGUGUAUCUUAUUAUUAUGUGGUAACAAUACUUAAUUCAUCUUGGAUUUUAUCCAGUAAAAUGUAAUGAAUUUCAAAAUUAUCGUCAAGAAAACUGCUCUUAGAAAAAUAUAUUAUGUUUAUGAAAUUAUGCUGUAAUUAACAAAAUUGGUAUUGCAGGUGACAAAUAUGACCACCUGUUCUCAAGGCAUUUAUCAUGCCUCUUAUUUGAAUUACUUAUGCUUUUAUAAUAAUUUAAUAGAGGCACCGUUUCAUGCAAUAAUAAUGUUGCCGAAUAAGUAUUAAAGUAUUGCAUUAAUUGCCUGGUUCCUGGGCCUUCCCGUAGUACAGUCUGUGUGAAAGCUUGAUAGGAAGGCCAAGGAAGUGGUAAGUUAAGUUAUUGUUUGCAUGUAUUUUUCUUUUUUUUUUUAGCAAGGGCUGUAGAAAGCCUACAAACUGUAUAUUUGUGGUACUGAAAAGUACAGUAUCCAUAUCAAAAAGUAUAAACAAUAAAUAAAUUAUAACAUUUAAAGCAA